CUUCUUCUUCGCAUCGUUCGGAAUCAACGUUUCGCGCUCGUCGCCGGUCUGCGUAAUUACGGAGUGUGAAUAAUAAUUAGCAUCUUCACGUCGUUAAUUACGGUACAAAUCCGAUCGCGUCGCGUGUCCCGACAUCGUAAUCAUGAUCAUUCGCCCGAAAUUGACCUCGUCGGCCGCGAAUCUCACUAAACAUUCAUCUCCCGAAAACGUGUGAAAUUAGCUUCAAUUUGAGAAAGUUGGCAAGAAAGCGUGACGUCACGGCUUCUUCUCGAACUACCGAAGUUCGCGCGCUUGAGUUACUGAGAAUGGAUCGUCGAGAAUCACCGAGCACCUUCGACGCGAAUAUUUUGCAAGUUUUUUGACGGUGUCGGUAGUAUUUUGAGUGCGCGAUCGCGCGUUUCCGGUCGCACUUCCGCCUUAUCGUGUCGAAGACAUCGUUUCGCGACAUCGCGAGUAUAUAUAUAUAUAUAUAGUAAAGUGCCGGAUUCUCGGAAAUCGGCGACUCCUGAGUGGGCCUUGAGAAAAGUGGCGACGCGAAAAUGGAGCAUCGGUCGCGCGCGAAGAAGCUCUCGCGAUUCUCGCCUUUUGCCGAAAAACGUCGAAAAUGUGAUAGUUUAUUAAAAUCCGGGCGUCGAAAAAAAAGUAACGCGAGUGGAAGUGUUUCGAAACUUUUAAGAAAUGGGAUUAGGAGUCGGAAGGAGGCCCGGGGAGGGGCAUCGGGCAAUGGCGGAGCAACUAUAUGGCUACUACUGUGCAUCGACUUGAUGCGGAUGCGACGGGACUUCAGCGUGCGGUUGUGCAGCAACAGAAAUAUCAAAAGUCGUCAAAGUCACACAAAAUAAUGAGCCCUUGGUCCAUAAUCUGCGCCAUAGAGCUGGGUUUCGUCCAGCAAUCAUCUCUGAAGGAUGUUACCAUCGUGAGUUACUGGGACUUGGAUUUUCUGCGUACAGCGAAGAGAAAAUCCUCCGACCAGGAAACAAAUAAUCACGAGGAUGUGGUGUCCACGAAUAUUUUCGGCAAUACCUGGCCAUUCAUCGAUCCGGCGCAAAUUACGAAAAUCGUUUCAAGAAAGUCCAUCCGAAAACGAAGCAAGAGAAGAAGCAGAUGGUCGACGAGACGGCAAAGGAAACGAAACGUAGAUAGGGAUAUCAACGAUGACGCGAAGUCGACGACGAAUCUUCCGAUCAAACGGGAAUCCCGACGUGAAAGUGACGACUCGACUGGAUUAUCGGGGAAUAACUUUUCGUUGACGCAACUUCGUCGGGAUGAAAAUCGCGAGCGUUUGUCCGAAAGUUACGGAUCGACCGACGAGGACGAAGAAGCGACAUCGGAGACGAACUCGAACGAGAUCGCUCGGAUUGAUUAUUCCGGUGCCGGAUAUUCCAGAUUUUACACGCCGACUUGUCAAAAGAAGGAGUUGCAAAAUCAAGCGGAAUUGCCGGAAUAUCCCGAUUACUUUUCAAACGUUCUGCGGAUAGACGAUGACAAUAAUACCGAGGACGACGAUUGGUUUCCUGACACGCAAAUGAAAUUUCACAAAAACGUUUCGCGCGAAAUUAAUACGCGUAGGUCCGUAAAGAACGGAAACACUUUAAGUAGCGACAUCGUAGGGAAGAGAUCGUCGAGGAGGAAGAAGAGUCAUCGGUUAAGCAGCGAGUACCAUUUCGAGACUGUAAAAAAGAGAAAGAACAAAUGGUCGCGGCGGAAGAAAAAAGCUGGAAAAUCCGUAAUGAAUGGCGCUUACAGCUUGUCGCGAAUUUCCCGCGAUUCGAAGGAAAACUCUCCGGAAUGCAAAUCAGACGCGGGAGAUGGUUUCGCCGUUGACACGCGUGAUACCGCAAAAAUUGUACGCGAACGUUGCGAUUGUAAUGCGCGGCGACAUUCUUACAAUUUUACGAAUGCCGUCUGCGCGUGUAAGAGGAAUUUAAAGAGCACGGCCACCGCGAUUAUGCAGGAUAUUCAGGCGUACAUACGUAGCGCGGAAAUUGCGAAGGACGCCGAAAACGUUCGGAAUUUCGCGACUUCCGAUAGUCUAGACUUGGAUAAGGAUCUUGCUCGUCGGGAUAUUUCCAUGGAGUACGAUUGGAUCGUGGAGGACAACGGCGAGAUAUCGUCCCAAGAGUCGAAACGAUCGUACGAUUUGACAGGAUCGAUGAAUAACGUUAGCGCGAACCUCAGACGUCGCAAGAGACGACGAUUAACCAGAUUUAAGAUCGACUACAAACUUGUCGACAGAACGGAAACGGCUUACCGCAGUGCCUUCCACGAAUGCGUCAACUUUGAUUUUCCAGCUUCAUCCCCUCUGAAAAUAAACAUGGACGAGAGCUGGAGAUCGGAGCGCAGCAACAGCGACCUCGAAAUGAUCCACUCAUCCUGGCGCCAAUCGGUAUCCUUCACCGAAGAAUGCGAUAACGAAUGUGAUAGCGCGCUGCUACUGGCACGGAAAAUUGUUAGCGACGAUUUGGCGAAGGUUGAAAAAUAUUACGACGACGAGCGCGACAUAUUAGAUGCCACGUGUUACAAAUAUCGCGAAAUAAGCUAUGCUCAGGAGUAUACGAUGAGGAUUGACACUUCUCACGAUUCGUGUUCGGAUGACGAGAAAUUUCAAGCGGAUCGACAAGAGGAAACAAAGAGCACGUAUAAGAAAAAGGGCAGGAAUAAUAGGAGAUCACGUGACAAAUAUCGCGAAAUAAGGUAUGCUCAUGAGUAUACGAUGAGGAUUGACACUUCUGCUCACGAUUCGAAUGACGAGAGCAUGGGCACGUAUAAGAAAAAGGGCAAGAACAACAGAUCACGUGACAAUCGCGAAAUAAGGUAUGCUCAUGAGUAUACGAUGAUUGACACUUCUCCUCACGAUUCGGAUGACGAGAGCAUGGGCACGUAUAAGAAAAAGGGCAGGAACAACAGAUCACGUGACAAUCGCGAAAUAAGGUAUGCUCAUAAGUAUACGAUGAUUGACACUUCUCCUCACCAUUCGGAUGACGAGACAUUUCAAGCAGAUCAACAAGAGGAUACAAAGAGCAUGGUCACGUAUAAGAAAAAGGGCAGGAAUAACAGAUUUUCGAUGAAUCACGGUUUUUUCAAGAAUGCAAACAAGGUUCGAGUUACGAGACACGAAGGAGCCAAUAGCAAGAUACGAUUAAUGCGAACAAGUCCGGAUAACAAGGGUACCGAUUUGGAAUAUGAUAGUGAUAAAAAGAAAUAUGUUCCGCGAAGAAUAACAAGAGCUUUGGUAAAGACUACUAAGGAGAAUCUCGCCGGCAAGCUUGUAUGGGGAUACUGCUCAGGAUGGUGGCCAGCUCUUAUCGUCGAUGCCGAGCAUGUAGGUAUGGCUCCUACUUCCGGCAAGCUGUGGGUUUAUUGGAUCGGAGAAUCACAAAUAUCAUUGCUCAAGGAAAACACGCAAAUUCAACCGUUUUCGACUAACUUGGAACAUCGAUUGACGCAACCACCUCGUAAAAAUACUCGUACGCGCGCCAUUGACGCAACUAUACAGAUGCUUCGCCAACGUUUCGACUGUACUCUGACAAAGCCUUAUUACUAUUGGAUACGACGGAAUAUAACUGGAUUCGAAAGCUUGGAUGACCUAAUAUUUUAUCCAUACCCGAAAAAUGUACAAGAAAGAGUGGAUGUCUUAAAAGAAAAGAACGCCAAAGCUACCGAGAAAUUUAUAUCAAAUCAGAAAAACUCACCAGAGACAUCAUCGACAAAGAAACAGGUUGUUGAAAAAAACAAAGAUAUGAAUACAAGUUGGAAACAAAUUGAUGAUGAGCGUUUACCUUUGCAAAACCAAAAUCCUGGUGUAAUAGCCUGGGCAAAAAUCGCUGGACAUUGUUGGUGGCCCGCGAUGAUUAUUGAUUAUCGCGACUGUUGUUUGAAGGAACCGAGUUUUGGUUGUCAAUGGAUUAUGUGGUACGGCGAUUACAAAGUUUCGGAGGUGCGUCAUCUGGAAUUUUUGAAAUUUUACAAGGGAUUGGAAAAAAUGCGCGACCACAUUCAAAAUACAGUUAAACAGACCUAUCUCGAAGGCGUACUUCAAGCUUCAAAGGAUUAUUGUUCGCGUUUAGGAUGCACUACGGAUAACUGGACUUUAGAUAAUGUCUUUGAAUAUUUUUCGAAUGUGAAUAAUAUUCACAUACCAUAUAACGAAUCGCAAGUUUCAGACUCUAACAAGAUAUAUGAUAAAUAUUCCGACGAGAUAGUAAAAAAGAUCAAUGAAUUUAAAUCCAAGCCGGAUAUAGAUGAUGAACGAAAGAAAGAUAUAAAAACGAGUGAUGCUCUGCGUCGCGUAAUAUCAGGAGAAUGCAAGAUAGAAAAAUUAUGUUUGAAAUGUUUGAGGUUUCCUAAAGAUAGAAUGGAGGAACAUCCGUUCUUUAUAGGAUCUUUAUGUAAAGAAUGUUCGUAUACGUUCAAACCGUGUAUGUUUGUGCAUGGGAACGAUGGCAAGUGCUUUUAUUGCACAGUUUGCGCCUCCACCGGAACUGUUCUUAUGUGUGACUCGGAAGAUUGUCCACGUGUCUAUUGUACAGCCUGCUCGAAAUUUCUCAUAUGCCCAAAUUCGUACGAGAAAAUGCUGUUGGAAGAUCCAUGGAAAUGUUUUCUCUGCAGAGAUGAAUCUAAACAACUUGAUAUGUUCUUGAAUCCGCGAUUGGAUUGGAAAGAUAAAUUUUCCACAAUGUUCCGCACAGCCUCUAAUCUCGAGUCCGAUGACGUAAAUCUUGCAAGUUAUAAAAAGCAAAAGAAACCCAUACGUGUGCUGUCACUUUUCGAUGGUUUAAGUACUGGUUUUUUGGUACUUUUAAAUUUGGGAAUCGUCGUUGACGUUUAUUACGCAAGUGAAAUUGAUAAUGACGCCUUAACAAUUAGCUCCGCUCACUUUGGCGAUCGAAUCACUUACUUAGGAGAUGUGAGAGGCAUAACGAAGGAAAAGAUUCAAGAAAUUGCACCGAUCGAUUUGUUAAUCGGCGGAUCACCGUGCAACGAUUUGAGUCUGGUCAAUCCGGCGCGAUUAGGUCUCCACGAUCCCAGAGGAACGGGAAUUCUCUUUUUCGAGUACUGUCGAAUUAAAAAACUGAUGACGAAAGCCAACAAAAAUUGCCACCUAUUCUGGUUGUUCGAGAAUGUUGCUUCGAUGCCGAGCGAAUACAGAUUAGAAAUUAACAAGCAUUUGAAGCAGGAACCCGAUGUUAUAGACUCAGCAGAUUUCUCGCCUCAACACAGACUGCGACUUUACUGGCACAAUUUACCCUUUAAUCCGUACAUGCCGUUGUUUCAAAAUCGACAGGACGUUCAAGAUAAGCUUACACCGAAUUUAAAUCGUAAGGCUCUUUGCAAGAAACUGCGCACGGUUACUUGCAGAACGGGUUCCCUGUUACAAGGGAAAGCAGAAGUAAAGCCAAUCCUGAUGAAGGGCGCAAGUGAUAGAAUAUGGAUUACCGAGCUUGAAGAGAUCUUUGGUUUUCCGCGACAUUAUACGGAUGUAAAGAAUUUAUCGGCCACAAAUCGGCAGAAAUUGCUCGGCAAAUCUUGGAGCGUACAAACACUUACCGCCAUAUUGCGACCUUUAUGUUCCUAUUUUAAGUGCAAUGAAGAUAAGACGAGCAACAAUAGUUCUGCCUUGUAUGAAGAUAUCUUAACUCCGUAUCGCGGUAAACAUUUUUAGCAAAAUUUCGAUAUCUAGCAAGCAAACAAUCAGUAUCCGGAAUAAUUUUUGUUUCGUAUAUUUUUGAUUAAAGAUUUGUAUGGUGUGACAAUAAUGAUAGACAUUCAUUUUA